GACCAGUAGCUGCAAUCAACUGUGAUCCUAUCACACCUUCAUUAUGUUUCCCUUGGCCAGAAGGGCACUUAGUAGUCUGAAGAUUCGGACCAUUCAGCAAAGUAUGGCAAGACAGAGCCAUGGAAAGCACUCACCAGAUUUUCAUGAUAAAUAUGGUAAUACUGUGCUUGCCAGUGGAACCACUUUCUGUGUGGUUGCAUGGGUGUUCACAGUCACACAGAUUGGGAUAGAAUGGAACCCAUCCCCUGUUGGCAGAGUUAUCCCCCAAGAGUGGAAAGAUGAGUAACCAUCACAGUUGCUAUAAUACAAAAUUGUUCCAAAACCAACUUGUCAUGUAAGCAGUCUGCUGAUCAUUAAAAUACAGCAUAAUUGAA